AUGGCACUCUCCUCCCGACCAGAAUACACACCACAGCAACUACAUGAAGUUUACGAGCGCGUCAAGCUCCCCUCCCGAUACCGAUACGAACCAGGCGAAUUCAGCAGAGAGGUCGUCAGACACCGCGACGGUCAUGGCUUCCUGGGAGCACUGGUGAGCCACACCCUGGCUCACGUCCCGUUCGAGAACCUCGCGUUGCACUACUCGCCGCAUCACCAGGUCUCGAUACAUCCGGGCGAGCUGUUCCAGAAGAUUGUCACCCAGAGGACUGGACGGGGAGGGUAUCGUCUUGAGAACAAUGUGUUUCUGGGCACGGUGCUAAGGAGUAUUGGAUUCGAAGUGAUGUCCGUCGGCGCCCGAGUUAACGCGGAAGUGAAGAACACCGAGGACGAAACCGGCCGCUGCAGAUUCGGAGGCUGGAGCCACCUGGUAAACCUCGUCACGAUAAGAGGCGAAACCUUUGUGGUCGACGUUGGAUUCGGCUCCGGCGGACCGACGCGGCCCAUUGCGCUCAAAGAGGGCGCAACCGAGUUAUCCUUCCCACCGCCACCGCACGUACGACUCCGCCGUGAUGCAAUCCCAGAAAACGAGCAUCGUGGCAACAAACUCUGGAUCAUGGAGCGGCGAAGCGCAGACGAUCGGCCUUGGACGGCGCUAUACUGCUUUGAGGAUAAUGUGUGUUUUCUGCCCCAGGAUUUCGAAGUCAUGAACUUCUUCACCAGCACGCACCGGACGAGUUUCUUCACAUAUCGCGUCUUGUGCAGCAAAUACAUUCUGGACGAUGAGGAGGAGAGGGUGAUUGGAGAGAUCGUACUUUAUGAGAAUAAAGUUACGAGGAAGAUUGGAGGUGAGAGGGAGCUUCUUGCGACUUUUGCCACGGAAAGUGAGCGCAUGGCGGCGUUGGAGAAGUAUUUGGGUGUGACCUUGGAUGCAGCACAGGCGACUGGUAUCAGAGGCAUGGUCACAGAGCUGGGGACUCCCGACCGAAAUCUUGGACCGAACGUGUAA